AUGGGUAGCAUGGCACUUUCGGAUCACCCAGAUGGGGAAUUCAUAUCACUGAAAACGAAUAAGGAAUUCAGGAUUUUUGCACCUGUUUGCCACUCGGGGUAUUGGUGGUUAUGGCUGAUAAAUACAACGAAGCGAAAAUGUCAUAUACUUGACCCGCUACACAAAAAAGCUCCAAGCGAUGAGAGAAAGCAGAUUAAUAAAUUCACUGGAUAUGUAUUUUCAAGAUUGAGAGCAUAUGCCGGCGGGGAACCUCUUCAGAAAGACAAGAAGGAGAAGGAAAUUAAAGCAUCAUAUGUUAAAAUAUCAGGCCAAAAAAUAAGCUAUGACUGCCCUAUCUACGUUAUGAAGUGGCUUGAAUUAAUUGAGCCGAAAAACAUUAAAAAGGGGAACUAUGAAUGGGAUAAUUGGCCACAGGAGGAGGUGGACCACUACAGAGUGGAGUAUGCUUCACGGAUACUAUUCAGUGAGAUGAAUAAGGAGAGAGAUCGGGCAAUUAGAGAGAGUAAUGCUAUAAGGUUGUCAAAGCCAUCCUCUGUAUUAUUGAGUCCGUUUUGUCAGAUAAAUUCUGCUGAUAUAGAAACUGCGUAA